AUAUGAUCGACUGCAGUGAGGUAGCAAUAUGGCAGCCGUGUGUUGCAGAGGAUCGAACGUCAUAAUAUCACAAUGAAGGAACAAGGCAUAUCGUGCGAAGUAAUAAACGCGUGUUAAAAGUUGUAAUUCGGCAGAUAUGCCCUCCUAGCAAUGACAGUCCCAACGAAGCGUUUUAAGCGACAUUACAAAUUCCGUUGAGAUAUAUUCGUCGACCGACACGGAAUACAAGAAUGAGUUCUUUUGCAGAACUUAUUACGGAAUAUCCUCAACGCUGACAGAAGAGCAAAGAAACACUUAAUAAAUUCUUCGUCGGAUGAAGGUACAUGUCGGUCGAUAAUGUUCGAUUCAGUAACACGUGUUCCAACGAUAUCUUUUAUCCCAGCAUGAUUUCUUAAUCUAAGGAAAUACAUCUAUGGAACCUUAUGUCUUAACAAAUUGUAUAUUAACAAAACUCGUACCGUGAACAUUUCAUUUAUCACAUUGACGAACGGACAGACAAAAAAUGAGCAGAAUAGAGAGCAUAUCGGAUAAUGGGGACAGUUGGCACCAAUGUGCCAAAUGGUUAACAAGAUGUGGAGCUUUACGAGAAGAUCACAAAGCCAAUUGGCCGGAGGCAAGACCAUUCGACUUAGCAUAUACAUUGAGAGAUGGUGUAUUGCUAUGCAAUCUUCUAAACAUACUGGAUCCUGGAUGUAUAGACAUGAAAGAUGUAAAUCAGAAACCGCAGAUGGCACAAUUUUUAUGUUUAAGAAAUAUAAAAGUGUUCUUGUCAGCAUGCUCAACUACAUUCGGUUUGCCUGAUUCUGACCUUUUCGAACCUUCAAUGCUCUUCGAUCUAUCUGAUUUCGGUCGCGUACUGUGCACUUUAUCAGUUUUGUCAACAUGCCCACGUUUAAGGCGUAAAGGUAUUCCUGGUUUUUCUGUAGGUCAUGGCAGAUCACAAGAGGACAUCUAUAAGGAUUUAGAAAGCGCUGGUGCAGGCCGUGAGGAUGAAGGUCGCCGGAGAAGAUUUCGAAGGCGAGAAGGAGACGAGGCAGGUGGAGGAGGAGACAACGACGAUCCGGUCGGCGAAGAGGACGGAUAUGGAGCAUACUGCAGCCAUGCUCACAACGAGGAAAUUUACCAGGAUCUUUGUAGCCUACACUUGCCGCCUCCUCCAUCUGCAGCACAGGAUGGCGUGAUCUCCGGAGGUGAAAAACGGGAUUACGUGAUUCAGGAGCUGGUUGAAACGGAACGGAACUACUCUGACGUCCUUAACAGCUUACUUAAACACUUUGCUAGGCCUCUGUCCUCAUUCUUACAACCCGAGGAUUGCGCUCGUAUCUUUUUCCGUAUUAAAGAACUCGCAGAGAUUCAUGCAGGUUUUCAUAGUCAACUUCGUAAAGCAAGAACAGGCGCCGCUCUAGCGCAGGUUUUCCUUGAUUGGCGAGAGAAGUUCCUUAUAUACGGCGAUUAUUGCGCAAAUCUUACGCUUGCUCAAAACACAUUGCAAGAAGUGUGUACGCGUAACGACUCAGCCAACCAAGAAGUUAUCAGGUGCCAACAAGAAGCAAAUAAUGGAAAAUUUAAAUUACGAGAUAUACUAUCUGUUCCAAUGCAAAGAGUAUUGAAGUAUCAUUUAUUGCUUGAUAAAUUAGUAGAAGAAACUCCUUGUGACUGGUUGGAAGAUAAGCGACAACUUGGGAAAGCUAGGGAAGUGAUGGUCGAUAUAGCGCAGUAUAUUAAUGAGGUGAAGCGCGAUUCAGAUACGUUAGACAUUAUAAGAGACAUUCAAGCGUCAAUCGUCGAUUGGGUUCCGGAAGAUACACAGUUAAAAGAUUUUGGACGUUUACUGAGGGAUGGGGAACUGAAGGUAAAAGCUCACGGCGAUCAACGGGUUAAAGUUCGUUAUGCGUUUGUCUUCGAACAAGUAGUAUUGAUUUGUAAAGCAGGAAGAGGGGAGCAAUAUUGCUACCGUGAAACUCUACGAUUAGAUAAUUAUCGACUGGAAGAUCAUAUGGGAAGACGAACGAUCGGCAGAGACUCUCGGUGGUCCUACCAAUGGUUACUGGUUCACAAACAACAAUACACGGCGUACACUUUAUUCGCCAGAACGGAAGAACAGAAGCAAAUGUGGAUCAAGGCUCUCCAAGAUGCGAUGGACAAUGUCAAUCCAGCUGCGUGUCGUAACACGAAUCACAAGUUCAAACUCACAACGUUCGAGACUCCUCGUAGUUGUCAGCGAUGCGACAAGUUCUUGAAAGGUCGAAUUUUUCAGGGAUAUCGAUGCGAGGUAUGCCGCUUUGCUGUACACAAACAGUGCAUUGCGCAUUCGGGUCGGUGUAUGCCGGCAGCACCUACGCCACCGCCUCCACCACCUCUACCAUGCGAACGUGCUCUUUCGGUAAAAUUAUGGUUCGUAGGAGAAAUGGAACGUGACACGGCCUCAAAUAAAUUAGAACCCCGCGAAGAUGGAACGUAUAUGUUACGAGUACGACCCGCAGGACAACCGCGUUUAAAACACGAAACCAAGUACGCUCUCAGUAUCAAGGCGGACGGAGCGGUAAAACAUAUUAGAGUAUUUAAACGCGAUGUUGAAGGCGCUGAUGUCUAUUACCUAAGCGAGUCUCGUUUCUUCAAAAGCGUGAUCGAACUAAUUGAAUAUUAUGAACGGGAGUCGUUGUCGGAAAAUUUCGAAAAACUAGAUCAGCGUUUACUAUGGCCAUACAGGCGCGUGAUAGCCACAGCGUUGUUCGAUUUCCGUGGCGGGGAACGGAAUCAGUUAAGCCUACGGCGAGGUUGUAAGGUUGUCGUACUGAGUAAAGAAGGUGAUGCCAAAGGUUGGUGGAAAGGGAAGAUAGGAGAUCAAGUAGGAUUUUUUCCAAAAGAAUACGUUGAGGAAGAGUAACCAUAAAUUAUGUCAGUUAAUGUUUCUAAUCAUGUGAUAGCACGACGCAUCAAGAAUAUUUUACAUGUUAAUCGUGUGAUCGUGCGGUCAUGAUAUUUUAUCCAAACUGUUUUAAACCGACAAGAUGACGAAAUAAGCUACAAUAUAGACAUUUUUACAGUACAUAAAACGUAGAAGGAUCCAUUUUCAUACAUCACUAUCAUUAUAAAAAUAACAAUUUAUUUUGCAGUUUCCUUGAAAUUGUACUAUAUCACAAUUACCUAAACAGAAAGUACGUAUUCAUAUACGGGAACCGAAUUCACAGACACAAUUAUAUUUACCUAUUUGUAUAGAUGCGAAGAGUUAUAAUUAUUUUUCAGUACGAUGUAACAGUACGAAUAAUGUUUAAAGGAAAAGGUCAUAAGGAUCGAAGUUGUCUGUUCCUGUAUAUUAGAAAUCAUACAGAAAAGAACGUAUUGCCAAAUGAUUAUACUUCUAGACAGCUUUCUCCUUCAUGACUAGAUUUUUAAGUCAAUUGCCAGGCCUCAAUUGUAUAUAAUGUAAUUCUGUACUGUUAAUGAUAAAAAAUUUUAGCUACUUCGGAACUGUAAACAUACACACGUAAAAAUAUAAACGACCGCUAUGUGUAUUGUUGUAACAAAUUAGUCGUACUAUUUUUUUAACUGUUACACAAAUUCUGAUUGUGCCAAUAAGAAUAAUCAAUAAAAUUUAGAUGUUAUUGAAA